AUGACGGACAGCCUGGGCUUUGGGCUGGCCAAGUCCAUGGUGGACGGCGCGCUGACCAACGUCAAGUCGGCGAUCCAGGAGGAGGCCAAGCUGCGGCGGAGCGCCAAGCGUGACCUGGUGCUCAUCACCGACGAGUUCGAGAUGAUGCGCUCCUUCUUCGUGGACGCCACUGCAGAGCGCGUGGACAGCCAGGUGGCCAUGACCUGGGUGAGGCAGGUGCGGGACCUGGCCUAUGACGUGGAGGACUGUAUCGGCUUCGUUGUCCACCUCGACCAGGGGACGAGGUGGUGGUGGCGCAUGGUGCCCUCGUGCAUGGCGCCCGCCAUUCCCCUCAACGAGGCGGUCGAGGAGAUCGACCAGCUCAAGGCCAGGAUGGAGUGCGUGUGCAUCAGGAAUACGCGCUACAAUCUCAACGGCGGCAACGUCGGAUCCAAUCCUCCCGCCGUCACCGCGUCCAGCUCCAGCAUGCUCGCCCUGGCGAGGGACGCCGCCAGGAGGCAGCAAGGCCCGGGGGACCUCACGCAGCUCAUCACCAACAAAGGCAACGCCGACCCUCAGCUCCUGCAGGUGAUCUCCGUGUGGGGGACCGGCGGCGAUCUCGGGACCACCUCCAUCAUCCGCAAGGCGUACAACGACCCAGAAAUCUGCCAGAACUUCGCCUGCCGCGCCUGGGUCAAGCUCACGCAUCCCUUCAACCCCGACGACUUCUUGCGCCACUUCAUGGCUCAGGUCUACGCCGCGGACGCCUGCCGCUCCGGCGAGCUACAAGGAGCAGACGUGGGCGCACAUGUGCUCACCAAAAUGAAGGGCAAGCACGAGGAGGAUCUCCUCAGGGAGUUCGUGCACCAGGUCAACACCAAGACGUACCUCGUCGUCUUGGACAACCUCACCGACAUGCUGGAUUGGGAUGCUGUGAGGACCUUCCUUCCGGACAUGGGGAAUGGCAGCUGGAUCAUCGUGUCCACGCAUCAUUUUGAGAUCGCAAGCUUGUGCAUCGGACACUCGUACCAACCGAUGGAGCUCAAGCACUUCUCAUCUAAUCACUCGGUUUGCGCCUUCUUCAAAGAGGUUCUCAACACUACGGAGAUAUACACUUGGAAUCAGUUGCGUCUCAAGUGA